AUGGAUUAUUUUAACGAAAGUCAACCUAAACAUUGGCCCGAGUCCCAAAUUUUAAGAAACUAUCUCACCAAAUUCCUUGAUGAUGAACGAUCCGAACAUAAGACAAAAGCAACAAAUAUGUUGAAAUUUUUUGAUGACCACCGCAAGAUCUUUGAUGACGUCAACACUUUCUGGGAAAUUGUAGAAACGAUGAACAACAGACCAUCGCAGAAUGAAAGCUUCAAUGGAGCCUGGAAGGGCGAAGUCUCUUUCUCACUUGGAUAUAAACCAAUUUUUAUUUCAGCAGAAAUGACUUGCGUUCACGGACCAGAUCAAUUUAAAUUCAUUCACCAUUCACCAAUAAUGAUUGUUGAACGUUAUGUUAAAGACGUUACUUUAAGAAAUAUAAACAAGAUGGUGAUUUUUAAAAUGAAAUUUUCAAAUGAUGAGAUCAUUCAUAUACUUGAUACUUUAUUUCUUAAUGAUGAAGGAGUAAUG